AGUGUAGGUUUUAGGAACUAUGGGUGAUGAGUUACCUGAGAGAAGGUUAACACGAGCAUUACAAAGGAGCAACAGUGACAGAAUAAAGAACAAUUCUGAGAGCUCAUCAAGUAACCAGGAUAAGAAGGUGCUAUCCAGUACACAGCAAGAGAGCAAGAAAUCAGACAAAGCUGCCAUCUCAAAAACUGGAGCCAAGAAAAAUAUUCUUUGUAGCUUUGAUGGAAUUGAUUAUUGCAUUGGAGACACGGUGUACGUUGAUAGUCACAAGCCUGAUAUUCCAUGGUACAUCGGCACCGUCAAGGAGCUCAAACAGAAACCUCGUGAAUCAGUUCUGAUAGAGUGGUUCUACAGGACGAGUGAGCUGCCGGAGACUAUCUAUCAGACCCUCCUUAACGACAGAUCUACUGAUAAUUCAAGUAAGAUGAAGUUACUAGAAGCGUCUCAAUUCAAAGGAAAAGAGCUCUUCUCAUCAGAUUACUCAGACUGUUGUUCGCUUCAAGCUCUCAGGGGCAAAUGCAGGGUGGAACAUUUGAACAAUCUGCCCGAACAGACGUUAGAGGAAUACCUUUCUGACAAGGACAAUUGGUUCUAUGUUCUCUCAUACAACCCAUCCUCCAGAAGGCUAGCAAGUACGCAAGGAGAAAUCAGAAUUGGAUCAUCACAUCAGGCAGAAUUACCUGAGUAUUUAGAUGUUGAGGUGGAUAAGAGACAGAGUUAUUGCCCCCCACCAGAGGCUCAGUGCUGGAUACCGGGCCGACUAAGUGACAAAGAUUUAAAGCAAUACAUCAGAGUAGCCAGAAGUGUGACAGCACUGGCCGGUAUAUGUAACGGCGGUACCAUGGAGAAGGGUAUAGUCAUGUCAUUUAAUGACGCCGCCGCUUUUGACGCCCUGCGCCUUCUCCACGAGAGUAAAUACGAUUCUAACGAAGCACUGGCUGGCAUGGUGGCUCUACCACCCCACAAAUCAUCAAUAGUGAAGUGGGCUGAAGAGGAAAAGAGGUUGUUCGAGCAAGGAAUCAAACAAUUUGGUAAACAUUUCGACAAGAUCAGACGGGAAUACCUCCCAAAGAAGAACACAAAGGAGAUAGUUGAGUACUACUACCUGUGGAAGAUGACACCAGCAGCUCUUAACAUCAGAUACGCUAAGAAGAAAGGGUGCCGGAAUAAUGGCCUUCCCUUCUCCAAACGACCCAAACUUUCUAAUGAUAACCAGAGUUCAGACCCGGGCGAGGGAAGCAGCGGAUCAGACAGUCCCGGAUCAGAGUCUGAGGAAAGUAACGCUGAAGAUGGGGAACUGGUGGGUAGGGACGAUUUAACGUGUGAGCACUGUAAAACAAAGAGCUGUGAGAGGUGGAGGUACGGCGGCAGCAACAAGAUGGUCCUCUGUACGCCCUGCCGGCUCCACUUUAAGAGGUUUGGGGAGAUGCCUCCACUCUCAGAGUCCAGUCUCUCCGAGUCCAGUCUGCCUGGGUCCAUGAAGAACGGUGGAAGUGAGAGCGAAACUAACAAGUCUGUUGAAAACAAUCUUGACAAUAAUAACACUACCGACCAAGACAAAGAGCCGGAUCAGACAGAAAACGUUCCAGAAGACGAGGAAAAAGAUCAGUCAGGCGACCUAUUGAUAGAUGACGAUGAGGAGACGAUACCAGUCGAUGUAGAAGAAGAACAAGCAGAAGAAGAAGAUGAAGAGUUGGUGGACGAAGAGGCAAAGGAAGAACCCAAUAAAUUCCUGACAGUUAAAUUCGGACAAGGACAGAUUUCCUUCACCAGACCAUCCUGUAGAGGGUGGGAUAAGUGCAGUAGAAGUGAUAUGGUCUAUGUAGGGAGAGAGGAAGUUAAGAAAGAUACGCCCGUAGCUAAAGCUGAGAGGACCCCAAUAAAACAGGAACCACAACCCCAGAUAUACGGCCAAGGAGGACACCCUGGCUUCUCACCCUGAUCGCUGCUGGAGCAGCUGGAAUCUUGCCAGGUUCCAGCCUCAUCCCCAAUGCAGCAGCAGCUGCAGCCGCUUCUGCUGGUGUACUCGGUGCUAAUGGCAUAUUUAGCGGCCCUCAAAUACCGACAUCAGCUUCAAUCAAACCUGACCCGAUGCCGAAAAUAGAACCAGGAUCCUACGCUCAAGCUAAGAUAUUGGAACUCUUCAAGCAGCAAGAAGCUGCCGCAAGAAGCAAGCAGAUGCAAGCUGAGGGACUGUACAACAUGCCCCACGCUCUGAGACCUCCCUCUAUGGCCCCUCCCAGUCUUCUUCCUAACUUCCCUGGAAUUAGACCACCAUCUGUUCUAGAUAAUAAGAUGCUACAAGGGCUCCACCCUCAACUCCAACACGAACAGUUAAUGGAGCACCUGGAAGCACUGUCCAGACAACAAGCCCAGCACCAGCAAGCUGUGGCAGCACAGCAGCACAUGCACCAGCAACAACAGCAACAGCACUUCAGCGCUGAAAGGAUUCAAGAACUACUGAAGAAUGCCAGAACUGUUCCCGAUCAGAAGUACCUGCAAGACCAGUUGAUGGAAGCAGCAAGGAGUGACGCACUAGCCAGACAGCAGCAGGCUGCAGCGGCUGCUCACCUCAUGCCCCAGACUCCCGACAACCCCCAACAAGCGUCCCAAUGGGCUCGUUUUAUCGAACAGCAAGCCCUUGCAGCAGCCCAGCAGCAUAACGCUGCAGCAGCGGCACAACACAACCAGCAACCUCACGGUGCUCCACCCAGAGGAUAUGACCUGCCCGGCCAGAUGGCUAGCGCUCUGCAACACCAUCACCAACAGCAACAACAACAACAACAGCAGCAACAAGCCGCCCAACAACAACAAGCCGCCCAGCAACAACAAGCCCAGCAACAACAAGCUCAACAACAGCAGCAACAACAACAGGCAGCCCAACAACAAGCUGCCCAGCAACAAGCCGCACAGCAACAAGCCCAACAAGCCCUUCACCAACAGCGACCUCAGUUACCACACAUUCACCAACAUGACAAGAGAAAGAGAGACACGCCCUUCCCCUUCCACCAGCUCUUCCCUAUUAUGGCUAGACGUCACACAGUUAAGAAACACGAGUGUAAGCUGAAGGGAGAAGAUGACGAGAUAAUAUUUAUGGGUUCCAAUGGGGGUCCCCCUCAUGCACCCCCGACCCGUACUCUGCCCUCACACAUCCCCGCCCAUCUGUCUCAGUUAGGGUCAGGAGUGAAACCCUCCUUCUCACCUCUCCAAUCAGCCGCCGCUCCCCACAGACUUACAAACGGUUCAGGGCUGCCCAGCAGUCAGCACCAGCUUCCAGCUGGGCUCAUCCCAGGAAUGGGAUCUGCCCACUACGCCAACCUGAUGAAGGUCUUUCAGAAUCAGAACAUUUUACGGAACCAGCUUCAAUAGUCCUCCUUCCCGCAGACUUUUCUGCUAGUUCAAUGUCCGAAUCAGUGUAAAUCAACUGAGUUAGUGUGCUCAAUUCCUGGAAACAGCUCUCCAGGCUCCAGUCCCCACUACACAUGAUGUAUUUUAACCUUUUGUAAUAUCCUGACGAUGUUCGUCUACUGAGGAUGGUGUGGGGAUGCUGGAAGAGGAUCGGAAAAUGUUCCAGAUAUGUUGACCAUGUUAUAGACUUUUGUAUCUUCCAUCUGUGGAGAGAGAGAAUUAUAGUUUUCUACAUCGACUGAAUGGUGUGUUGGUCUCCGCGGUGUGGUUGAAAGUGACAACACUUGAGAGAGAUAGUGAUCAGAGCAGUGCAUAUUAUAUUGUCGGGAUAGUUAUGUCUCUAAGUGAAAUAUCUAAUACCCAAUAAAAUUUUCUUGGCACCAGAAGUUUGAACAACCAAGAGUUUUCUGAUCACUGUCUUUUAUGUAUCAUACACAAGCACUUUUCAAAAGUUGAUGUUAUCGUUAAAUAAUAAAGUUAUUAGAAUUUGCUGUUGAUGAAACACAUUUUUAUUUUCACUAUUUUCAGUGAAAAACUUGAAUUUUAUUUAUCUUUUGGCUUAGCUUCUAACUUACUCAUAGCUUCUAACAGCUAUGAGAACCAUGGUUACCAACGGUGUCAAAUUCCUGUAUGUAUUAGAUCGAUAUUCAUUUUUAGAGAGAACAGAUUCCUUAUCAUGAUAGCGUCAUUUUAUAUUUAUUUUGGCAUUAGAUUUUGCUACCGUCAUAUUUGGAUUAUAUCUGCUUUAGGGGAGGGAACAGGAAUAUGGGGUCAUGUUUGUAGAUUCUGAUGGCCUAGAAAAUGUAAAUUAAUAUCUCAAUGGAAUAUGCAAACAUACAAACCAAUUUCAUUCAUGCUGAAAGGGGCUAUGAUUAUUUGACUCCAAUAUUUUAAACCUAUGUUUGUAAAAUUUAGGAUGCCCCCCCCCCCCCCCCCCUCCCCCGCAUUAGAAUUCUUCAGCCGCUACUACAUGAUAACUUUAAAUAACUUGGCUGCUACAUCCCUUAUCUGACUGUAAGCAUACCUGCUUAUCCGUGAUAUUUUGGUAGUGACAUUUCCAGACCCCUCAAAUUAAACAAGUGGCUACCCUUUAAAUUAAGUAAAAACUUUUCAUUGUGCUGCCUCUAAUAGUGUGUAAUUAAAUUUCUACUAGUGAGUUAGGAGAGAAAGAUAUCUUGUGUUUAUUAUUGUUAUGGUAGCUGAUGAUUUUUAUUUUGUUUUCAUCUAAA